AUGCCACGACCAAAGCGGGCGCGUCGAGCGCCGCCAACCAAGGACCCAAAUUCAGCCCAAGCUGCUGCCGUGACAGAUGGUCAUGAUGAACAGCGCGGCCGCACGAGAGCCCGCACGAGGCCGACGCGAUCCGCGGGAGCUCGGCUGAGCCUUGACGAGGAAGAUGCUACUCGUGCAGCCAAUCGAACAAGGGAUGCGGCUCUGCCCUUGGACAGUCUUGCGAACGAGGGCCUCGCGUCCACAACUGGGCCCGACGACACAAGAAGCUCGGUCGAAGUUGGACGCCGCGCCAUGGCCACACCGGCCACGAGGAGGGACACCACCGGCUUGGAUCUGGCCGACGACGACGUGUUUGGCGACUUGGACGACAGCUUUGCGGACGGGGAUUUUCCUGAAGCUCCGCGCUCGGCGGCCAGCUCCUCGGCAGGGCUUGGCCACUUCAAGACACGACCCAGAUCUCGCCAGUCGAGCAUCAUCGGACGCAACGACCCUCCCAUUAGGCCUAGCAGCAGAGGCACCAACACCUCCGGUGUCAGCUCCUCCUUCAACAUCGGCGUCUUCCGAAGACGCGCCAGAGAGCCGAGUAUCCUGGCUACCUCUCGACGGGCCCGGUCGCAGACGGGCAGCGCCGCGGGCAGUGCGGCGAGCAGCAGAGCGGGAAGCGUAGUACGGGACCUUGAGCUUGAAAGCGAGGGCGAGUUCGCGCCGGAAGCCGAGUCAACACCGCUGAACCAGAGGCGUCGAUCGAGACGCAGCCAGGAGCAUGAGGCACGCAGGCCAUCGCCAUCGCCCUCGCCCUCGCCCUCGGGGCGUAGGCGAUCCCUCAGAAAGCGAAAGAGCGACGGAGACGCACAAUCGGAAAACCCUCGACCAGACAAAGUCGCCAGGGUCGAAGCCAGCGGCGGCAUAGACAUCGGCAGCGACUCUGAGCUCUCUGAGCUGGCGUCGCCGUCGCCGCCCGCAGCUCAUUCCGCCAGGGCCAUGACGCCUGACAAUAUGGAUGAGAUCAAUGCCCCCCCGGCCAGCAGCGACUCUGAAGCAGACGACAAUGUCUGGCCGGACAUCCACACGCUCGCCAAGAAACGCCGCCGCCCAUCUGUUAACACGCCACUCAGGAACGACAGGGACGACUUGUCUGACGCCUCUUCGCCGCCGUCCCUGACGCACUCGCCCAACUAUGUCGCCCGGGCCCGGGGCUCCAAACACCAGCGGUCUCCGCCCCUCACCACCGCCGAUCUCACGAGCCUUCUCCCUAAGCGGCGGUACAAGCGCAACAGGGAGGAUUCCGAUGAUGACACGGAGGACGAGGGCGGAGAGGGUGGCCAGGAUGCCAGACCAAGACGCAGAAAGGGCAGUCGCCCACCGAGCAGAGGCAGUUCCCGGCAGGGGCAGAAUGUUCUCAAACCAAAGUAUACGCCCGUCUCUGUACGGCGCUCCGCGAGGACAGCCUCAAAGACGCUUCGCCCCGACGAGGACAAGGAGAAUGAAAGCGAAGACGAGCAGGAGAAUAGCCAGUUCCAGCCCCUGCCGGACGAUACGUUUGACACGGGAGCGUCGGUGGCGGACCAUGUCCAGAACGCGGACGAGCUGAAGAGAGCGAGCAGGAAGUUUCAAGAGGUAGAUCAGUGGGAGCUGUCGUUUGAGGAGGUCACCGAGGAGUCGUCGCCGCCGGGGGCGCGGUGA